GAUGAUCACUGUAGCACCGCCGGGGUCAAGGAAACAAGCAUGGCUGCCUUGUUGAGAGGAUCUUGGAAAUCAUUGCGGCGGUGCAGUAAACAUGCAUACUGGUCACACGGUCUCUCGAGGUCCAUGGCCUCCAAGACUCCAGUGGGCUUCAUUGGGCUGGGGAACAUGGGCACACCCAUGGCCAAAAACCUGCUGAAGAACGGAUACCCCGUCAUCGCCACCGACAGCUUCCCAGAGUCCUGCAAAGAGCUCCAAGACCAGGGGGCACAGAUUCUGGACACCCCAGCAGAUGUAGCUGACAAAGCUGACCGUAUUAUCACCAUGCUGCCAUCCAGCCCCAAUGUUAUUGACGUCUAUACCGGCCCCAACGGCAUCCUGAAGCGAGUGAAGAAGGGCACCCUGCUGAUUGACUCCAGCACCAUCGACCCCUCCGUAUCCAAGUUGAUGGCCAUCGCCGCCGAGAAGGCCGGAUCAGUCUUCCUGGACGCACCUGUGUCUGGAGGUGUGGGAGCUGCCAGUCUGGCCAAGCUGACGUUCAUGGUGGGGGGAGCAGAGGAGGAGUUCAAGGCAGCCCAGGAGCUCUUCGCCAGCAUGGGGGAUAACGUGGUCUACUGCGGAGAGGUUGGAGCCGGACAGGCUGCCAAGAUGUGUAAUAAUUUGCUGCUGGCCAUUGGAAUGAUUGGCACGGCAGAGACCAUGAACCUUGGAAUCAGGUUGGGUCUGGACCCCAAGCUGCUGGCCCAGAUCCUGAACAUGAGCUCGGGCCGCUGCUGGUCCAGCGUCAACUACAACCCGGUCCCCGGCGUCAUGGAGGGAGUGCCCUCAGGAAACAACUACCAAGGGGGUUACGGCACCACGCUCAUGGCCAAGGACCUGGGUCUGGCCCAGACGACGGCCACAAACACCCGUACUUCCAUCCCCCUGGGGGCGCUGGCGCACCAGAUCUUCCGCGUGAUGUGCGCACGCGGCUACGCUAGCAAGGACUUCUCCUCCGUCUUCCAGUUUCUCCGUGAGGCUGAGGAGGAGGGCCAAUAGGGAACGAGUGCCCGGGCCACGGCCCCGCCCAGUCAUUGUCACUCACUCAGCCAUGUCGUCUAUACUACUUUCGCCAUUGUCUCAUUUUGUUUUCUUUUUUUUUUCAAUCUGUUUUUUUUUUUCGUUGUGUGUGAUAUCGCUAUGCUACCAAAAUGAUUUUUUUCUCUCUCUCUCUCUCUCUCUCUCUCUCUCUCUCGCUCUCUCUCUCUCUCUCGCUCUCUCUCUUUUGUUUAACUUAAAACACAUGGAGGUUUGAAUAGCCCGCCCCGUCAUCGCCCACUAUGUCUACUACUUUCGCCGGUUUCUUUUUUUUUAUCUGUGUUUUUUUUCUUUUGUGAACAACAUUGCUAUGCUACCAAAAUGUUUCUCCCUCUCUUUUGUUUAACUUUAAAAAAUUGUGGCGGUUCGAAAUGGCCACCACACUGCCAGACUGUGAAAGUGAAAGCCAUCCUGAUCAAGUGUUUCAAAUACAAUUAUAUAUGACGGAAAACCGUUCACAAGUGAGUAACGGUUCUGAUGAUGGUGAUGGAGUUGAUCAUGUCGUUCUUUGUCAUGAAGUUGGCGGUUGAAAUAGUUGGUUCCCGAUGCUGUUUAAUUAUGAUGGUUAUGUCAUGAUUGUUUGAGGAUUUUUCAUCAUGUGUGUUUUCAAGCCUCUUCGUCUUCUCAAGACUGCCCUGCCAAGUGUACAGUCGUCCUACCUGUAUAGUGGCCUCACUCUACAGGCAUAUUACCUGUACAGUCCUCUCACCUGUAUAAAAAAUAACCUGUUGGGUCUUUCUCAAUGGCCCGUGGAUCACUGAGGAAGACACUUCACCCACUCUGCCGACCUAUUCAAUGACCAAGGACCAAAACACAACUGUUACUGUUACUUAUUAUCACACGAAUACUUAAUCAUGUUACCUUGCCACGUUACACACGGUUUUCCUUGAGCGGAGGAAGUGGAAGCGCUCCGAUAAGGCCUCCCUCGGCAUAUGUUGGAUGCUGUCAGUCGAACAAACAACAACUACAAGCCCCGGUCAUUACAGCCCAUUUGAGCCAAUCGGGGCUUCAGGGAUCCGUUGAGUGACAUAUACCUCAACCUUUAUUUACUGUUUCAAUUCAGUAGCCUCAGUGUACCUGUACGGUACGGUUAUACCUCAACUUUACUACGUCAUCCUGUUUACCGCAUUGCUAUCUGGCCACUCUCUUCACUUCUACCCCCUCGCGGCUCUGCAUGCUUGUAUAUAUAAUCUACACAGGCACAUUAACCCCGUAAACGCCGUCGUUUUGCCGGUAUGCAUGUACAUAUGUAUAGUUUGUUUGAAUUAUUGUUAAAGACUCUCAGUUUAGUUGGUUUUUCGAAACCAGUUUAUUAGGCGUAAACUGGUUGGUCGUGAGGUACAAGUUUAUUAUUAUGUCAUCAUCCUGGACAUGAAGCACUUAUCUACAUUUUUGGGGGGUUGGAAAUGGAAUAAAGGAACAUAAUGUGACCAGUA